AUGUCUAAUGCUGUCACAGAUGGAUUAAAUUUAUCUGAUCAAUCAUUUGGCAACAUAAAACCGUUGCAACCAUCAUUGUUAAAAAAAUGUAGAGAACGUUAUUUGAACGCUUAUAGUAAAGUAACAAAUGAAAAUAAAAAACGAACAAAUCGAUGUAUAAAAAAAUUAUAUGAAAUUGAUUUGAUUGAUGGUAAAAUAUGGCAAUGUAUACAGAAUUUACAACUACCACCAAUAAUUAAUAAUGAUGAGAAUCAUUUAUCAUCUUAUUUUACGAAAAUUGAUCAUAAAAUUCAUCAGUGUGUAAACAAAUGCAAUGAUAAAAUUGCAACAACGUUGAAUCAAUUUAGUAAAUCGCAACGGAAACUGAAGCGUUUAAAACCAAAAGUAAUUAUUGGUGAAAUUUAUUCAAGAACAACAAAUGAACGGUAUAAUGAAGAAGUAAAAGAAAUUAAACGUAAAGCAACCGAUGAAAAACAACGACAAGAUGAAGCAUUAAGAAAACAACAACAAUUGGAAGUAGAGAAAAAACGUCAACAUGAAGAAGCAGAACGAGAGAAUGAACAAAAAUUAAAAUAUCAGCGGGAAGAAGAGAUGCGACGGAAAAUUGAAGAGCAACAAAUUUUAGAAGAACAGCGAAAAAAAGAAGAAUUUGAACGUGAACAACAUUUACAGCGUGAACAGGAAUUAAAACUGCAAAAAGAGAAAGAAGAAGCAAUGAGGCAAAAAAUUGAACAGCGUAUUGAACAGAGACGUCGACAUCAAGAUCAACUGAAAAAACGACAGCAAGAAAAUGAACAACGAGCGUUGGAACGUCAACAACAAUUUGAACAACGAAAAGCAGCAUUUGAGCAACAACAACGAGAAAUCGAAGAGAAAUUAAAACAAGAAAAGGAAGAAGAGCAAGAAAAAGAGAGACAACAGCGAGCAAUUGAAAUGUCUAAACAACUGAAACCAGAAAUUAAACAAUGUCAUCAUUCAAUCCACUCAUCACUACCAUUAGUUGAGACAACGAAUCAUAUGCAAGAAAGCAAUCAAGUACCAAUUUCUCCAUUAAAUUGUUCGCAUAUGAAACAACAGAUAUCCGCAAGACAAAUUCAGCAAUCAUUUAAUUCUGAACCUUUACCAUUCGAUCCGCUCUCUAUAGUUGUGCCUGUGGAUAAUGAUUUACCAGACGAUGUAAUGAUUCCAAUAUUAAGAGAAAAUGAUUAUCGAUCCGAUUUACCAGUCGAUCUAAUCAACGAUAAAUUUGAUAAACAGGAUGGUCCAAUUGAAAUCAUUCCAGUUGAAGAAACACCGAAGACCGUCGUUUCAAGUGAUCAACAGAUAUUUAAAUAUGAUAUGUUCCCUGUUGAAGAAGAACAACGGCAAGAAUUCUCACUACCAGUAUUGCCUCAGACGGAUGUCAUUAUUACUCCAACUCAACCACAAACACAAACUAUUUCACCAUCACCGGUCAAUAUUGUAAGAAAAUCACCGCCAUCUGAUGAUCGAUUAUUCGAUAUCAAUGAUACAAUUGUUCAUCAACAAAAAAUGGUUAAUAAAACAUUCGGAAAUAUAACUAAUAUGACUAAUAUUUCAUUUAAUAUUGACGAUCCCUUGCUGCUCUGUUCAUCACCAAUCGUCAUUCGUAAGAAGCGUAAACUACAUCCACCCAUUCCUCCGUUGCCACCUCUGUUCAAUCAUAAACGACAGCAUGAACAACCAAUGAUAAAUACUCAACGAUUUUUUGACAAAAUACUUGUUAAUAAUAAAAAACAAACACGUGUUAAUAUAUCAAAAGUACCAAUUGUUGUCGCUAAUAUUCCACAGUCUCAACAACAACAAAGUGGAAUUAUUGAUACAUAUGAAUUUGUUGAAGAAAAUAAGAAAAGUAUAUGUCCAUCGGAAAUGCGGCUUCUUCACGAUGAUCCGUUGAUCGCUCGUUUGGCAGCUUCAAAAUCAAAAGGUCAUUCUUCACAUCACCACAGACAUCAUCACCAUCAUCGGACAACAACAAAAAUAAAAACAUCCCAAACACCGUUGCCAUCACUUUUUUCACUUUCUCCCACAACGCAAGGUCCAUCUGUUCACUCAACAAAAAAUCAUUCAACAAAAAAAAGCAAAAAUAAACGUGAUGAAAAACGUAAAAUAAAAUCAAAGAAGAAAAAAAAUGUGUUAAGUAUAGGAAAUAUCACUCUGCCGCCUACGUCACCGUUAGAUCAACGAUCAACUAAAAUUAAUUUAUCAAUUAGUUCAGAUGGAAUUGAUGAAGAAGAUGAUGAAGACGAGUAUUUACCACCAACAAAAUCAAAAUCUAGAACAAGAACAAAACCAAAAAAGAAAAAAUGA